AUUGAAACUCACUUAGGAGUUCCACCAUUUUUACUCUCGUGUCGUGAUAUUGUUUUCAACUUCACUCGAUUUUUCUUCCAGUUUAGAUUGAGCAGUAAAUAAUAAAUUAAUAGACGAUUAUGCGUAGAGUAAUUCGUAAUCAUUUAAGCUGAAAUGCAAUUAACGUACCUCGGUUUUCUCCUGUAAAAAUAAUUAUUAUCCUGAUAAUGAUUAAUUUAAAACUAUCGCUGCGAUAUUGUCACUGGUAAAAUAAUUUAAAUUGGUGGGUGUAAUUUAUGUCAAUUAAGUGUCAGAAUUCGUCUCGGAUUUCCGAAGAUCUGCAAACACGGGAUGAUAUAAAAUAAAUCCAGAGAUUAAAUGCCUCUUCAUCUGAGAACGCGUGCCAUCGAUAUGGAAGAAUACUCAGGAUCGGACAUAUCCGUAGUGGAUGUCUACGACAUCGCAUCUGAAAUAGGGAAAGAAUGUGAAAAACUAAUAGAUUUGUUUGGGGCUGAAGCUGUUACUGGUCUUAUGCCAAAAGUUAUCAAUGCAUUAGAGUUAUUAGAAAAUCUUGCGACUAAAAAUGAACGAGAGAUAACAACAGUACAAGAAUUAACAUCACGGAUUUCGCAGCUAGAAAAUGACAAAAUUGGCAAAGCAGAAGACCGGCAGAGAUUUGAAAAAGAAGUAGAGCAAACAGAAGAACAUUGGAGACAGGAAUCGCGAGAUCUUGUUGGUAUGGUCACCAGGCUACAAGAUGAAAAUCGCAGACUUGCUGAAGCUCUUCAAGAAUCUCGUAAUGACAGCCAGGACACCGGUAAACAAUCUUACACAGCUAGUCAAGAAGUUGAUAUUACUGUACUACAACGAUUGAGAAGCAUGAUUGACAAGCAAAGAGAUCAGAUCCGUGCACGAGAUCGUGAAUUAUCACAAAAAAAUUUAGAAAUUGAAAAUUUAACAAUCCAAGUUGAAAAACUAAGUGCAGUUGGUAGAGAACUUAAGCGCAAACAACGUCAAGCCCAAAUGCAAUCUCGUGGACUUGUUGAAGAACGGGCUGAUUUUCUCGCCCAGUUACAAGACCAAAACCGUGAGUUAAUUAAUUUAAGAGCACGGCUUGGUCUUGCACGAAAAGAAAACGAGGACUUAACAAAAUCACAUGGAUGCCCUGAUCUUACAAAUAAAGUUAUCUAUGAUCUUGAUGACCCCGACAGACCAAGAUUUACAACUGCAGAAUUAAAAGAAAUUUUACAUGAACGAAAUGAAUUGAAAGCUCGCGUUUCUGACUUAGAAGAUGAACUGGAUCUCUAUCGCCCCAAACCGGAAACGUAUGUUUUCAUCGGUUACUUAUAUGAAUUUCCGAUCUAUAUAAAAUAUGUUUAUUUUUAUAGACCAGAAGAUGAUAAAGACGCUCCUGUACAAGGACCUUUGCCUCACGAACCGGACGAUGCGCCGUGGAAGAAAUCUUCCGAAUCGGGGAUUCGAAAAUUCUUCCGGAAAAUCUUUUCCGAAACCAGUGGCGGAUUCUUAGGUGGAAGCAGUCCACGAAGAAGUCUAUCAAGUCUUUCGAAAAUGGCCCUCUCGGGCAAUGGUGCCAAUGAUACAUCGAUUUAAAAAUUAUUACUAACCAAAAAAAGUCGCAAUUAUCAAAUAAAUGUAAUUUUUUUUUUGUAAUUGAUUUAAACUUUAACAGAACAAUUAGUAUAUUAGAAAUAAUUUAUAUUAAAAUUAUUAUUUAGAACUAGUCGAAUCACAAAGAACAAUGAAAUUCCAUUAAACGCAAGUAAGGAAAUAAUCGUUUUUAUAAACUUUGUAAAUGAUGGGAAAUACUUAUUUUUUCAUUAAAUAGUGUAGUUUUAAUGAUUGUUUUCCUAGAUUUUUUUUGUGGAUUAUUUGUUAACCAAAUAUAUAAAACAAUUUAUUGACAGUCAUUAAGAAAAUAUAAUUAAUAUUAAUUAGAUUAUUUCAUUAAAGUAAAAUUAGUUUCUUUAAGGAUAAUAAUUACAGUUGAACUAUAAAAUUUAUUAAAUGAUUGAUGGGAAUUUAAUAGACCGAGUUGAUUAGUCAAAAAUAUAAAUAACUUUUUUAUCUAUUGUUCAAAAAAUUUAAGAAUUUUCCAUAUUAAUUUUCAUCCUCGAAUUGGAAGAUAUGAACAUUUUUUUAAAUCUUUAUCUUUGCUUCCUAAGUAUUAUUUUGUAUUAUUAAACAAAUGAACGGCGCAGGUUUUUUUCAACGGCUUCUAGAAUUUUUUUGAUGUUUAAAAUAUUUACAAAAUUUUUAAAAGAUUCAAAUUUAUAAUUUUAGGUUUUAAUAUUUAUGGUUAUGUUGAAUUGGAAAAAUGAAAACUUUAUGUAUUAAAAGAAAAAAAAACAAUACCUGUGAUAAUUAUUAUGAAAAGAUUUUUAAAAUGGCGACAGCUGAACGCUUCGCGUUCGAGGUGUGCAAAAUAAUUUGAUUCUUUACGACUUCCUUAUUUAUAUUUGCCAGAUAUGCGGCGUAAAUUGUGGUCCCAGUAAGAGAAUAGACCUCGGAAAUUUCCCCCACUACCAAACAUUUCUGAAUUGCGCAUGCGUACAGAAAAGUGGAAGAACAUUUAACACAUAAAACAUCCCCCUGAUUAAACAACUGAAUUCGAUCUAAUUAAACAGAAUUAAAUUUUUAAUUCUAUUUAAUUCAGAUAAAUUCUGUUAAUUCGGUACCUAACUUAAAAAUGAAUUCUGUCUAAUUCGGCAGGAAAACCAGAAUUUGUCCAAAUUAAAACGAAUUUAAAUAAUUCUAUUCGGUUUAAUUCUGAUUAAUUCGAAAAUAAUUCUCCAAUUUCUGGUUCUGAAUCCGAAUUAAACUGAAUUAAAACGAAUUUGAAAUUUUUAAAUCGGUUUUAUUCUGUUUAAUUCAAAUUCAAAUUUUCAAUUCAGUUGAAUUCUAUUUUGCAGAAUUCGACAGAAUAUAACAGAAUUAAAAUUUUUAAUUCGGUCGAAUUCAGUUGUUUAAUCAGGGCCAGAGAGAGUAAAAACCGACGAUACCCGAAGUCCAUUCUCUUGUUGGAAUGACAAUAUUUUUCUUUGUUUCCUUUUUUAUUUUCACUUUCAAUUCAAAAACUGAUACAUAUCCGUUAGAUUUUCCGAUUGCCAAUUAAUCCUUUUCCUAAUAAUUUAAAUUUUUAUUAUCAAACCUAAAAAGAACAAUGGAUGAAUUCCGUGAAGGUUAUUAACUAAAGGUUAAUUUCUAAGCAAAUCUAAUUGUUCCAAUCACGAUUUUGAAUGAAUUUAAAAUUUUAUGAAAUCUAGGAUUUUAAAAAUAUCGAAGAGUCGUUGCCUAUUUGGUUAACAUAAAAUAGUAUUUUUACAGACGUUAAUUAACUAGGUUAUGACAAGCAUCCAAGUCACCAGCUGACUUGGCCCGAGAGACCUAAUUUUCAGUAAGAAAUUUUUUUCGAGACAAAAAGAUAGAAAAUAAACAGAAAAAUAAUUUUUUUUCAAUACUAAUUAUAUUUCAUAUCAUUACUAAUAUUGUAAUUGCUACGAUAUAUAUUUAUAGAUUUAAAAUUGAGUCCGUAAAAGAAUGAUCUUGUCUUCCACCAUUUUUCUAUGGUUAAGUUAUCACUGCGCAUGUGCGUUAGUGCAAAUUCGAGGACUUCAUCAUAGUUAAGUAGUGGAAGAAAAUAAUUCUUUUGCAGACUUAACUUUUGAAAGAAAUCUUUUCUUCUUUUU